AGGAACAUGUAGUGUUGCACUGCGGAUAUUAUUCAAAUUGACGUAAUGAAUGUAAUCAUUGCCAAAAAAAGAACAAAAUGGCGUCCCCUUUCAGUUUCCGAGAUGCUGAUCACAGCUUCAGCUUUCAGCUUACACUGAUUUAGACAAAUGACAUAGCCUGCUGAACAAGUGUCAAAAAAUAGUUCCCAGUGUUCAUGUAUGUGUUUUAAAGUUAAAUCACUCAACAAACGCCAUGUAGGGCCUAAAGGUGAUUUGAUACAUAUGUAUGAAGCUGCUGAGAUACGCCAACAAUUUCUCUCGUUCUGAAAUACAUAGAAGGGAAACCAAAGCAAAACUACCAAUAUACUGAAGAUGAGUGGCCGAGCUCGAGACCCAAAUGACGACAUUGAAGAAUUAAGACAGAAAGUAAGGAAUAAUGAGAUAAAGAUAGCAGAGUUGGAACAACAGCUACAGAAAGCUGAUGAGAAAACCAAAGAGCUUGAAGAUGAGAAAAAAGCUCUCGAAAAAGAAGUGGACGAACACAAGAAGAAGAUAAAAUGGUUGGAAGAUGAAGUUCGAUAUUUUUCAACCAAACCCGCCAUCACAAACCUUAGAGGAGAAAUAGAGGAAAAAAACACCCAAAUCGUUUCCAUUCAACAUACACUAAACGCUUUUAUGUGUCAAAUGGCAGAAAAGGAUAAAAGAUUGGAUACUAUGGAAAAAAUGGUUCAAAAAUACAUGGCUGAAACAGAUGAGUUGAAAACAUCUCGAAAUAGGAUGGAAGAAGAUAUAAAAUAUUUUACUAAAAAGUCUCAAGAGAAGGAGGAAGAUUUGAACAAAUACAUGGCUAAAACUGAUAAGUUGGAAAAAUCUCAAAAGCUGCUAUACAUUGGUCAGCUGUGUGCGAAAGCAAUGGAAGCAAUGUAUCGGGAAGUCUUGCCAGUUUACUUUGAAAGAGGAAAUGAUUACAAGCAGCCACAUCUCAGAGAUAUUGAUGCAAAAAUUAAACAGCUGUGUGAAACUGGAGACGCUCAAAGAGCAGCUCAAAGAAGGUGGGAAAAAUUGCAAACCGAGAAGAUUGAUCCAGAUGAAAAUAAUGUUAAGAAGUUAGUUGACUUCAUGGAAGAAAUGUUGGCAGAGAGGAACGAAGUGGCUCAUCCUUGUCCAUUAAACGAAAAAGAAUUAAAGGAUAUUGCAAGUAAGCUACCAGGUCAGAAGCAGCAACUUGUCGAAAAAGUGAUUCAAAUUUCAAAGGAAAUGAUGCCUACAAUUUUUCUUGCAUUUUAGAAACACGAAACAGCUGAUCUUAUCUUGAAAACUGCAGUCAGAACUUUUUUAAUGCUUACAUAACGACUAAUUGCAAGAAUGUUGUCAUAUAAAUGAGGAAAAAAACAACAACAAAUAGGAAUUAAUUUUUACUGAUUUCAGUCUAAAUUUCCACAGAUUAAUGAAAAUAUAACUGUUUUCGUACAACAAGGUAAUAUCAAAAAUGUCAGUCUAUGCUUUUAAAACAAUAAAAUAACUUUUCCUGUUUUGCUCAAAAAAUAAUAAAUCCCUAUUUUUUAUUUUUUUAUUUUUUAUCUUUAUAUGACAAUGUUCUUGCUCUCAGGUAUAUACUGCCUAAUUCAAUAAACGUUGUCAUCGCCAAAGGCGACAGGCAAUAGACAAUAGGCGAAAAGCGAUGGGAUAUAUGUCAUUCCAAGAUCCAAGAAUAGCUGGAAUGACUUGUGUUUCUGCUUCUUAUUCUCGUCAAAAACAUAGACCUUAGUGUUGAGACUGAUUCGAUGUUCUUUGUAUUCAACGAAACAAGAGAAUAUGAAUAUUUUCUCUUGACGAAACCAUUUCCAUGUCGGAAUGGCCUAUCGUCUAUCGCCUUUGACGAUGUCAACGUUUUUUGAAAUAGGUGUAUACGUUUUUAUCAAUUUUCAUCAUUCUAUCAUUUAUGAAUUUUUAUCAAUUGUUAUCACGUUUUCCAAAGUUCCAUUUUUUAAUUCAAUUUUACUCUGAUAAACAUUACGCAUUCAACCGACAACACACGAUGAAAAAGUGCGUAGCUACAUUAUCACACCUUCAAAUUUCUUAAUUUAAUAUUCAUUUUACAAUUGCAGUGAAUCAUGCACUUCAAAAAAUAAUAGAUACGAUUUUUAUCGGAUGCGCAAACAUUUAUAAUUGAUUAAAAGUAAGAUAGAAAAGAAGAAAUCUUUAUAGACUUUUUAGCAGUUCGGAACUGCUUUUCGAUUUGGACCCGGAAGUAUUUUUCAUUUUUCCAUACGUGAUUGACUGAUUCACACUUAAAAACUUUGUGAAGAUAAGUUUUAUAUAGGGUUUAAUUUUUAGAUUUUAGAUAGAGGUAGGUAGCACUAGAUUAGUCCGGGAGCAUAUUUAAGUAUUCCAGCUUUUAUAUUUAGUAGUGAGUAAUAAUUAUGACUGAGUUAGCUCAGUUAGUUUGUUGUACUAUACGAGACAAACGCUCAUGGUCUUAAAACAUUUGAGAAUAGUAGAAGCUCAAUAAGGUGCUGCCCGUUGGCACUAAAAAUGUCUGCAAAUGAUUAGACCUUUGCCGUGGAUCGGAUGACCACGUAAAAUGGCGGUCCCGUCUCAUUCAGAGACGUUAAAAAAGAGGGCUACAAAUUUAUCAGUUACAACUGUCACGUGUCACCCUCUCUAAACAAAUUCGUCAAUUCAAUUUUGCUUUCAUUUUCUACGAAUGCAUGCUUAUAUAUGUUUUUCAAAUCAAAUUAUGAAUAUUAAACAGCUUAAUAUAGUUAGUCAGCAAAGACGCCGGUAGCUGAAACCUAAAAUGGAUCUUUAAGGAUCAUGGUAAUAAUUUCAUAGUAUUUUGAUGCAAACUACGGCUGUUAUAUCACAGCAUGGGGCAAUAAUCACAACAGAGCCCUAAGCUACACCUGUAGCGAAAGCCCAAAGAUCGAAUUAGAAUUAUAGAAUUUAUUCAUUUA